ACCGACGUCGCCUGCAGAUUGAAAAUUUUUCUUGGCCAUUACUACAAACUUUGUGGGGCUUCUGAACAUCUCAAUUGCUGGACAUCAUGCAUGGACGUAUCAAGUUGAAGACAACAGAAGAACAGGCUGAACAGAAGCAGAAAGAAAGGCUGAAGAAAUUACAUUUCUAUGAGACCACAAGAUCUGCGUGUUUUGCAAAGAGGAAAGCAGGAAUCCUGGAUGAAGAGGGCCUAAUACUAAGUGGCCAGUUGCUUGCUGCAAACCCUGACUUCGCGACUCUGUGGAAUUUUAGAAGGGAGAUCUUCUUGCAUUUAAAGGAAGAGAAAAAUCCAGAGGAGCUUCAGACACUUUUUGAGAAGGAGCUGUCCUUCCUUGAGACCUGCUUACGUGUCAAUCCAAAGUCAUAUGGGACUUGGCACCAUCGUGGCUGGGUGCUGGAUCACUCACCCCAUCCUGACUGGAAAGUUGAACUGGAGCUGUGCAGCAAGUUUCUGCAGUUUGACGAGCGGAACUUCCACUGCUGGGAUUAUCGUCGUCUGGUGGUACAACGUGCUGAAGUCUCUCCUCAGGAAGAACUGGAAUUUACCCAUAAACUGAUUGGCACCAACUUUUCCAAUUACUCCAGCUGGCACUACCGCAGCACCCUGUUGCCACUUGUUUACCCUGAUACUGAAUGCCGGGUGGGACGUGCUGAUGAGGAGGCGUUAUUGACUGAAUAUGAACUGGUUCAGAAUGCCUUGUUUACUGAUCCUAAUGACCAGAGUGCCUGGUUCUAUUAUCGCUGGCUACUGGGGAGAGCGGACCGGGAAGAGACUGUCAGCUGUCUGUACAUUAGCAGAGAAGGGCAACGUUUAAUUGUUUCUUUUUCUCAUCCUGUCAAUGUGUUGCUGCCAAGAGAUGAACUGAUCCUGUUUGUGGAUGGGCUGCCUCUUCGUGUUACCUGGAAGAGCCCUCAUCCUCAGUUAAAACGCAGUGCAAUCUGGAUCUGUGAACUGCCCCCUAAUACCAUUAAUGCUGCCUGCUCAGAACAUAAUUUUAAGGUUCACUGGCGAGAUGGGAGGAUCCAACGAGAGUGUAUCCUGUAUAAAGGUCGCUCUGAGAGUUGGUGCCGAGACAGUGCUACGGAUCAACAACUCUUCAGGUGUGAUCUUUCAGUGGAGAAGACUACCGUUCUUCAGUCAGAACUGAAUUCCUGUACCCAGCUGCAAGAACUGGAGCCAGAUAACAAGUGGUGUGCACUAACCAUUAUCCUCCUCAUGAGGGCAUUAGACCCCCUUGGUUAUGAAAAAGAAAUGUUACAGUGCUUCCAGACAUUGAAGGCAACUGACCCAAUGCGCACUGCAUAUUUUGAUGACCUACUGAGCAAGUUUAUUAUUGAGAAUAGUAUACUGAAGAUGGAGUAUGCAGAAUCUCGUGUUGUUGACUUGUCCAAAAAGAAUUUGACAAACCUCUGUCACUUAGACCAGAUGCAGCUGGUUACACACAUGAACCUGACAAGUAACCGUCUGAAAAGCCUGCCCAUCCAUCUGUCUAUGAUGCAGUGCCUAGAAGUCCUAGAGGCCAGUGAUAAUGAGAUUGAAUCUCUGGAAGGCCUGGUGCAGCUACCUCGGCUGCAGGAGAUUUCCUUGCAAAACAACCGGAUUUCCAAGAUCGGUGACCUCCGCCCACUAGCAUCUUGCCCUUCACUUAUACUGCUUAAUCUUAAAGGCAAUCCCAUCACUGAAGUUCCAGACUUCGAGUCAGAGCUGUCAGAGCUGCUGCCAAGCCUCAAGGACCUUAUUGUGUGAUGGAUCAGAAUGACUAACCACUCAUAUCAAUAGACCUGGCAGAUAACACACUCUCAUCAUACAAGGUUGUCUAAGUGCAGGAUGUCAUGUGGCCAUCAGUCCCUUGGCAGAUUAGUGUUUGUUCUGUAUUUUGCCAUUUGUAGACCUGACAGCUGCAGUUCACCCAGCUGUGCCUAGAUACUCCAGAACUGGUGUGUCACUCACUUUUCAUCAAUUUGUCAGGCUCCCCAUUAGCGCUCAGAUUACCAGGGACCUGCAGUCCCUGCAAUGAGAGGUACCUGCUCUGCCAAACUGGACAGAAUGAUCAUUCAUCUUUUAGCAGUCUGUUCAACCUAAAUUUUCUUUACCAAAAGAGACAGUGAAUACCACAGCCAUGUAGCCUGUUGCUGGGACAAAGUAUGGUACCAGUCUUACUAGUUAAGAACAACCACAUGUAUGUGACUUACAAAAUCUGAAAUCUUUCUGGUAAUACUGAAGAUCUACAAUAUUGACCUCUCAAAAUUUGUUCUUGGUCCUUCAACACCAUCAACUAUGUUUAUUUAUUGCUGCAAGAAGAGACACUAUCAAUAUUGUCCUGCUGCCAAUAUUUAAUAAAAACCUCAUGCAUA